AUGGGCCUCUUCUCCGGCGCCAGCGGCAGCAAGGCCAAGGGCAAGUCCCCCGUCACCCCUUUCCUCCCGCCUCCGCCGGUGUCGGCGCCUCGCCGGCACCGGCAGCGCGUGAACGUGCCAGAUCCUAGUGCCGGCGGCGCCGCGGUCGGCUCGUGCUCACGCGGAGGAGGUGCGGCGCCGGCGGGCGCUGCUGACGUCGGAGCAGCGCCGCGAGGCCGCCUACGCAACCACUCACCCAACUGGGUGAGGUGGUUCGCCUUCGAGCACGAGGAGGCGAGGCGACGGGGCGUGCGCGAGGUCGACCGGAGGUCGCUGCCACCGGUGCUCGUCGUCCGCGAGGAGGACCAGGCGGCGGAGGACGCCUACCGGGCGGCACUUGUGGCCGUCUUCCGGGAGAGCGAGGAGGACAAGCGGCGCAGGGCGGAGGCGGAAGAAGAGGCUCGGUACGAGGCGGCAAUGGCGCAGGCCCUUGCCUUCUCCACGGCGGGCGACAGCGUGGUGCCGCCGGUGGCCCCGCCUUCCCCCAUCAAGCCGGAGGCGGAGCCCGAGCCGUCCCCCAUCGAGCGCUACUCCUGGACGGGAGUAGUGCACGAAUGGGUACGUGCGCCGCCAGUCUGGAUGGGAGCGACACCGGCGCAGGAGCAGGCGUACCUCGAGCACUGGCGCAUCAUCAGGGUGGCCGAGGAGCGCCGCGACGGCGACUCAUGGCUCCUCUGCUCUCUCUUCCUCGCUCCUGUGGACGCCGAUCAGCGGGCCUCGUACAUUGUCCACAUGGACAAGUCCGCCAUGCCGCCGCAGCUCUCCGGCCACCGUGAGUGGUACUCCACCGUGCUGGCGUCUCUAGCAGCGGCAGCCGACUCACCGGACGGCGCCCUUGGCGAGCAGCCACGGCUUGUCUACGCCUACGACGAGGCGCUCCACGGCUUCGCGGCCACCCUCUCGUCCUCGGAGCUCCGCGCCCUGAACCGCGCGCCGGGCGUCGUCUCGGCAUACCCGGACCGCCGCGCCGACGCCUCUCACGACACCACGCACUCCACGGAGUUCCUCCACCUCAGCCCGUUCGGUGGGCUGUGGCCGGCGGCCAAACUCGGCGAGGGUGUCAUCAUCGGCGUGAUCGACACCGGAGUGUGGCCGGAGAGCGCGAGCUUCGAUGAUGCCGGCAUGAGCCCCGUGCCGUCCCGGUGGCGCGGCGCUUGCGAGCCGGGCGUGGCGUUUGCCGCCUCUACGUGCAACCGGAAGCUCAUCGGAGCGCGUUACUUCAACAGGGGUUUUGUCGCCGCGAACCCUGGCGUGGUCAUCAGCAUGAACUCGACACGCGACAUCCUAGGCCACGGCACGCACACCUCAUCCACCGCAGCGGGCAGCCCCGUGCCGGGCGCGUCUUUCUUCGGGUACGGGCUUGGCACUGCCCGCGGAGUUGCCCCGCGUGCUCAUGUCGCCAUGUACAAGGUCAUCUGGAACACAAAGGGGCCCCAAUACGCGUCUGACGUGCUGGUUGCUAUGGACGCGGCAAUCGCGGACGGCGUCGACAUCAUCUCCAUCUCAAUGGGUUUCGACGGCGUGCCGCUGUACGAGGACCCCGUGGCCAUAGCUGCGUUCGCCGCCAUGGAGCGUGGUAUCCUCGUGUCGGCUUCAGCGGGAAAUGAAGGCCCACGCCCCGGCAGUUUGCACAACGGCAUCCCAUGGCUGCUCACCGUCGCGGCUGGCACGGUGGACCGGACAAUGUUCUCCGGCACCGUAACUUAUGGCAACACGACGCGAGGCACCAUAACUGGUUUCACGAACUACCCUGCGAACGCUUGGGUGGUGGACAUGAAGUUGGUCAUCUCAGCGUGCAACUCCUCAGCGUCGCUAGCGAACGUAACGACGAGCAUAGUCGUGUGUCACCACACGGGGAGUGUCCUCGAUCAGCUGGUCACCGCGGCCGAGGCCGGGGUCGCCGCGGCCAUCUUCAUCAGCUCGGAAGACGUGUCAUUUUUUUGGACGAUUUCCGAGGACACCAUGUCGUUCCCAGCCAUUUUCAUCAGCCCGGAAGACGCAUCGGCGCUACUGAGCUACAUCAACUCCACCAUAAUCCCGACGGCAACAAUGAAGUUCCAGCAGACGAUCCUCGGCACACGGCCAGCGCCUGUGGUUGCCGCGUACUCCUCUCGGGGGCCGUCGCCUAGCUACCCCGGCGUGCUCAAGCCGGACAUACUAGCUCCUGGGGACAACAUUCUCGCGUCGUGGGCACCCGUGGAUCCACAUGGAACGAUAGGGGAGACCACGCUGGGCAGCGACUUCCUCGUCGUGUCCGGGACGUCGAUGGCGUGCCCGCACGCCAGCGGCGUGGCGGCGUUGCUUCACGCGGCGCACCCGGACUGGAGCCCGACCAUGAUCAAAUCGGCGAUGAUGACCACUGCGACCAGCAACGACAACACAUUCCGCCCAAUCAUGGACGCCGGCGCCAGCCGCAAGGGCAACUCCACCGCGGCGAGCCCGCUGGCCAUGGGCUCCGGGCACGUUAGCCCCAACUCGGCUAUGGACCCGGGGUGGCUGGUGUACGACGCCGGGCCGAAGGACUUCGUGGCGUUGCUCUGCGCCGCAAACUACACCGGAGCCCAGAUCGCGGCGAUCACUAGGUCGUCGACGGCGUACAACUGCUCCUCCACGUCGAACGACGCGAACUGCCCGUCGUUUGUGGCCAUCUUCGGCGCCAACGCUACCACCGGGGAGAUGCGCUUCGGCAGGACGGUGACCAGCGUCGGAGCGGGUCCGGCGACGUACCGCGCCUCAUGGGUUUCGCCGAGCAACGUUGCCGUGGCCGUGACGCCGGCAACGCUGGAAUUCGGCGGCGCAGGGCAGAAGGCCUCGUUCGAGGUAGACAUCAAGCUCACCGCGCCUACUCCCGGAGGCAAGGCCGUCUACGGGGCCGUGGUGUGGACCGACACCAGCCGCAAGUAUCAUGUGAGGACUCCCUAUGUCAUUCUUUGA